GAACAGUGGAAAUUGUGGUCGCACCGUUAGACCAUAGCAAAAAGUCGAUAUAUUGAUAGAUCUGUGUUGUAACAUUCGUCUCGCUGCCAACUUCACGCAGGAACUUCAACAGCUCACAGAAUGAUGAUGCAACGCACUGGAUUAUUGUUGCCAAUGGCAAUUGAAGCCACCAUGCAGGCUCAGCAGCAACGUGGCAUGGCUACGCUGAAGACAAUUUCCAUGCGCCUCAAAUCCGUGAAGAACAUUCAGAAAAUUACGCAAUCAAUGAAGAUGGUGUCCGCGGCCAAAUACGCCCGUGCCGAGCGUGAUUUGAGGGCAGCGCGUCCCUAUGGCGCUGGUGCUCAGCAAUUCUUUGAAAAGGUUGAAAUCACUCCCGAUGAGAAGGCCGAACCCAAGAAGUUGCUCAUUGCCAUGACAUCGGAUCGUGGUCUGUGCGGUGCAGUCCAUACCGGUGUGGCGCGUCUAAUUCGUGGUGAGCUGGCCCAGGAUGAUACAAACACUAAGGUGUUCUGCGUCGGUGACAAGUCACGCGCCAUUCUAGCUCGUCUCUACGGCAAAAACAUUUUGAUGGUAGCCAAUGAGAUUGGUCGCCUGCCACCCACUUUCCUAGACGCAUCCAAGAUUGCGCAUGAAGUGUUGAACACCGGCUACGAGUAUACCGAGGGCAAGAUUGUUUACAACAGAUUCAAGUCUGUCGUCUCCUAUCAGUGCAGCACACUGCCCAUCUUCAGCGGUUCUACUGUGGAGAAGUCAGAGAAGCUGGCUGUUUACGAUUCGCUCGAUAGCGAUGUUGUCCAAAGCUAUCUGGAAUUUUCGUUGGCCUCGCUCAUCUUCUACACCAUGAAGGAAGGCGCUUGCUCCGAGCAAUCGUCUCGUAUGACUGCCAUGGACAAUGCUUCCAAGAACGCCGGUGAGAUGAUUGAAAAGCUAACACUGACAUUCAACCGCACCAGACAGGCUGUCAUUACCCGUGAGCUGAUUGAAAUCAUCUCUGGUGCCGCUGCCCUGACAUAAACAGUCAACAGUUCGAGCAACUCCAACGAUUCAUCAAAUAAUAAUUCUAAAUAUUACGAGCGAACAGACCAGAGCUGCUUAUUAAUUUGAAUUAAAAGUUAUAAAUAUCUGAGAUACACCAUAACCCAGAAUAAAUAGUUUGGAACGAA